AUGGCGUCGCGCAUCGGGCUGCGCAUGGAGCUGAUGAAGCAGCAGGCGCAGCAGGAAGCGGAGCGGGAGCGGGUGCAGCAGCAGAUGAUGAUGAACUACAUGCAGCAGCAGAGGAUGCCCGUGGCCUCCACCCCGGCCAUCAACACCCCCGUUCACUUCCAGUCCCCGCCGCCAGUGCCCGGAGAGGUCCUCAAGGUCCAGUCCUACCUGGAAAACCCCACCACGUACCACCUGCAGAAGUCACGGGACAAGAAGGUUCAGGCUUAUCUCUCUGAAACCUACGGGAACAAGUUCGCUGCCCACGUCAGCCCUGCCAGCCACUCUCCCAAGCCGCCCCCCGCCGCGUCCCCCGGCGUCCGGCCCGGCCACGUCCUGUCCUCCUCGGCGGGCAACAGCGCUCCCAACAGCCCCAUGGCCAUGCUCAACAUCGGCUCCAACCCCGAGCGGGAGUUCGAUGAGGUCAUCGAUGACAUCAUGCGCCUGGAUGACGUUCUGGGCUACAUGAACCCCGAAGUCCACAUGCCCAACACGCUGCCCAUGUCCAGCAGUCACAUGAAUGUCUAUAGUGGGGACCCCCAGGUGACGGCCUCGCUCGUCGGUGUCACCAGCAGCUCCUGCCCUGCUGACCUCACCCAGAAGAGGGAACUCACAGAUGCCGAGAGCCGAGCCCUGGCCAAGGAGCGCCAGAAGAAAGACAAUCACAACCUGAUUGAGAGACGGCGAAGGUUCAACAUCAACGACCGCAUCAAAGAGCUGGGGAUGCUGAUCCCCAAGGCCAACGACCUGGAUGUGCGCUGGAACAAAGGGACAAUCCUGAAGGCGUCUGUGGACUACAUCAAGAGGAUGCAGAAGGACUUGCAGAGGUCACGAGACCUGGAGAAUCACUCGCGGCGCCUGGAGAUGACGAACAAGCAGCUGCUGCUCCGCAUCCAGGAGCUGGAGAUGCAGGCACGUGUCCAUGGGCUGCCCACCUCCUCGCCCUCGGGCGUCAACGUGGCCGAGCUGGCUCAGCAGGUGGUCAAGCAGGAGGCCAGCGGGGACGAGGGGACGCUGGAGCCACUGCUGCCACCCCCGGACCCCGAAUCGCAGCCGCAGCCGGCGCUGCCCCCGCCGCCCCAGUCUCCCUUCCACCAGCUGGACUUUACCCACAGCCUGAGCUUCGACGACGGCUCCCAGGGCUUCCCGGACAGCCUGGAGCCUGGGCACAGCGCUUCCUUCCCAUCCCUAUCCAAGAAGGAGCUGGACUUGAUGCUGAUGCAGGACACGAUGCUGCCCCUGGCCUCUGACCCCUUGUUCUCGGCCAUGUCCCCGGAGGCCUCCAAGGCCAGCAGUCGCCGGAGCAGCUUCAGCAUGGAGGACACAGACAUGCUGUGAUGAGGAGCUGCUGCGAGGACUGGCCCGUCAGGUUUGGGGUGUGAAGUCACAGGACACGCCUGGCAGGAGGAGCCCGUCCUGCCACGCACUUGAAUCUUCCCAGGAGUACCUUUCUCUAUGCAACGGGGGCUCGGGUCGUGCCCGCCGGGUGCCACCGUGUCUUUCUCAGCUUGUUUUUGCCAGGGGCGGGGAUGGCCCUUCCUGGCUUGCCGUGGCAUUGGCCUGACUGCAGAUUCCACGGCCCGGGAGCGUGGUGUCGGCUGCUUUGCCUUUCAGCGAAACCCCCCCGGCCCGACCCCCUUCCCCAGGGUGCCUCUGGGAGCCCCCAGCC